AUGGAGGAAGUGGGGCCGAGGAAAAAGGAGUGUGAAUUUGAAACUAGCCUGGACUACUGGGACCCCAGUGUCCUGGACAAUGCCUGCACCAAGUCCGUGCUCCGAUGUGUCGAAUGGAGACUGACCAACGAGCCCCUCUACGCCCUGCACCUGACCGCUCAGCCUGAAGUGGCCCAGGCCUCCUUCCCCUCUGCACAGCCCCGCCUUGUUGAGGGCAAUCCAGGACAAAGUAAUACUCAGGAGGCAACAAGCACAAGAGAGCGGCAGCCCAAUGCCCAAACAGGGCCCCAGAUCUUCUGUGACUCGAUCCCUCCAAAUUCCGGCGAUCCGCCCCGAUUCCAAAUUGCCGAACGAUCCCAGGUCCAGUGGCAGACGGAGCCAAGCCUCAACCAGGAAAGGGCCUCUGAGACUGGGACUCCAUCACCACCAACCACCUCCGGCAUCACCUGGAUGCUGAACACUAGGGCUGAGAUCUCCAUCACCCCUGAGCCCGCCCAACCUGCAGAGGGAGACAAUAUCACCUUGGUGGUUCAUGGGCUUUCCGGGGAACUGCUUGCCUACAAUUGGUAUGCAGGGCCUACGCUCAGCCUGACCUUCCUGGUGGCCAGCUACAUUGUCAGCACUGGUGAUGAGACUCCCGGACCAGCCCACACAGGGCGGGAAGCUGUGCGCCCCGAUGGCAGUCUUACUAUCCAUGGUGCCCUGCCUGGGCACACGGGCACCUAUAUCCUACAGACCCUUAACAGGCAGUUUCAGACGGAGGUGGGCUACGGACACAUGCAGGUCUAUGAGAUCCUGGCCCCUCCCACGGUCAUGGCCAACGACACGGCGCUGGUGGAGCGUAGGGACACCCUUCGUCUAGUGUGCAGCAGCCCCAGCCCCGCUGAGGUCCGCUGGUUCUUCAAUGGCGACGCUCUACCUGUUGCUGUCCGCUUGGGCCUGUCUCCCGACGGCAGAAUGUUGACCCGGCAUGGCGUCCGCAGGGAGGAAGCUGGCGCCUACCAGUGCGAGGUGUGGAACCCUGUCAGCGUCAGCCGCAGCGAGCCCCUGAACUUGACCGUAUAUUUUGGCCCUGAACGAGUGGCUAUCCUCCAAGACUCCACCACCCGUACGGGCUGCACCAUUAAAGUGGACUUCAACACAUCCCUCACCCUGUGGUGUGUGUCCCGGUCCUGUCCUGAGCCAGAGUAUGUGUGGGCCUUCAAUGGGAAGGCCUUGAAGAAUGGCCUAGAUCACCUGAACAUCAGCAGCAUGACGGCGGCCCACGAGGGCACGUACACAUGCAUUGCUAAGAACUCCAAGACUCUACUGUCCGGCUCUGCCUCUGUGGUGGUCAAGCUGUCUGCCGCAGCCGUGGCCAUGAUGAUUGUGCCUGUACCGACUAAACCAACGGAGGGCCAGGACGUGACCCUGACCGUCCAGGGCUACCCCAAGGACCUGCUAGUCUACGCUUGGUACCGUGGACCUGCUUCAGAGCCCAACCGAUUGCUCAGCCAGCUGCCGUCGGGGAACUGGAUCGCCGGCCCUGCACACACGGGCCGGGAGGUGGGCUUUGCCAAUUGCUCACUGCUGGUGCAAAAGCUGAACCUCACGGACGCCGGGCGCUACACACUCAAGACCGUCACACUGCAGGGCAAGACUGAUACGCUGGAGGUGGAGCUACAGGUGGCCCGUGAGUGAGCAGCGUGGGGGGGGGGCACAGUCCCACAGGUGGCCUUCUCCUCCCUCACAAGCCUGAGGGACACGGGCGUGUGCCUCUCCCAUCUGACCUGAGUGCUCCCAUACAUGGCACUUGCCUUGCCUCUCAAAUGACGACGAGCACCAAGGGUGGAGGGGCCUCCAUCAGACUGAGGUCUCCUCGCCCAUGUAAGGUAUAUGUCAGAUGGAAGGCUAUAAAUAGGGGUGUCGUGUGAGGGUGGGCAUCUUUCCUCCUCAGGUGAGUGGAAACUAAACCACAGGGAUGCAGCUUCUUUCAUCACACUGGGGAGUUGGGGUGAAUGCAGGUAUUUUCCUCCCCCAUGAGACGUGCCACAAGGGCAAAGCCGUUUCCACCUUCUGACACAAGAGCUCCCCCAACCUGAAAUGCAUGAUGUGCAUUAGGAUGCAGGCUGCUAGGUGUGUCUCCUCCGUCAGACAGGGUUCUCGUUGGGAAUGACCUCUCCCACAGUGGAGAACCAUGUCUCUUCCAUCAGACUCAAACCUGUCUUCUCCAUCAGACAGGGAGUUCCCAGAGUCAGGGACAGCAUCUCCUCCAUCAGACUGGGAACUCCCAGAGUCAGGAACUGUCUCCUCCAUCAGAUUGGGAAACUCGAGUCAGGAAAUCAGACUAGGAGCUCCCAGAGUCAUGGACAGCAUCUCCUCCAUCAGACUGGGAGCUCCCAGAAUCAAGGGCCAUAUUUCCUCCACCAGAGUCAGGAACCAUGUCUUCUCCAUCAGAUUGGGAGCUUCCAGAGUCAGGGGCAUGUCUCCUCCAUCAGAGACAGGGACCUUGUCUCUUCCAUCAGACUAGAAGCUGCCAGUCAAGAACCAUGCUCUCACAAUUAAAGACCAUGUCUCCUCCAUCAGACUAAGAAUUCCCAGGGAUCUUCAAGGCCAUGUUACUAGGGCAGGUGCGCUGGACAGGUGCCCCUGACAGAGAAUAACAAUCUGUAGUCUUGCCUGUCCCAAACCUAGACACCCAGAUGUCAAGAUCCUGAGCCAGGACCAGUCAGGACCCAGCCACUGGCUGUCUGGGUUCGCGCAGGCGCACUCCCGAGCCCGGGAAUUCCUUUGCAGCCUCCUUUGUCACAUUCCAGAUGGAGGACCAGUCUACCCUGCAGCACCACCAGACCCCAGAUCCUGGCACAGGCUGAGCGGGGCGGAGGGGUCCGCGGGAGGCGCGGUGGGCGGGGCUGCGGGAGGAUCCUCCUGCUGACUGACAACCUCCUCGUCCCCGCCCCCGGUCCUCUUACACAGCCCUGGAGUAGCCGACGCAGCCGCAGCAGCAGCAGCACCCACACCGCAGGCCACUGAGACCUGGAGAGAAACGCGCUCUCACAGCAUCUACCCGCAUCCACCCCUGAGCCCAGGACCGCUCACCUGUAGAAGGCAUGCAGACCACGGUCCCGCCAUCCUGCCUCCAUCUAGAUUUAGCGCCGAGCUGUGGGAGAGCUACCCAGUCCAUAAACGUCAGGAUGAAUGCACGUGGUUGUCAGCCUCUCCUUCCACCGCCGCCAGUUGGGUCAAGUGCAGCUAGGCCCCCCUGCUUUUGGUUGUCACCUCAAAGCAUGGGCGCAUGUGCACCUAGGGAUGUUUGACCCACGCCCCCUUCUUAUCCAGGGUAGGACCUGGGGCUUUCGCACAGGUCUGCAGCUCACAUGGAGGGGUGCCCUGCUCCCCAGAGGGAUAAAGACCAGACCUCUAUGGGUACAAACAGAAAGAGUGGAUGGAGUAGGGGAGGACCCUGUUUGCUGGGUAGCUCCUGCCCUCAUCCUUGCCCUAAGGCAGGGCUACUUCCCCUCAAAGAACGGUAUUUCUCAAGGGGCUGUCCAGCACCUUCUAGAUCUCAGCCAUUACAUCAAGAACUCAACAAUCAUGGUGGUGCAUGCUCAUAAUGCCAGCAGAGCUGGAGGCAGGAGGAUCAGGGGUUCAAAGCACAGGGCAGUUUAUGCAACGAGGUUAAAGACCAGCUUGGUUUACAUGAGAACUUAUCUCAAAAAAAAACAUUUUUUAAGGGACAGAGAGAUAAAAGAGGGUUGAUACUUUAGGAGUAGAUUGUAUGGACAUAGAAUUACUUCUCUCACACAUUUUUAAAAAAAAUUCUAGGAAGUACAUUGUUGGAUGGAAUCCCCACACAGUCUUCAGUAACAGAACCUUCUGUCUUCCUGCUUCUUCUUUAGCUUAGGGCUUCCAGUUUCUCAGUCAACUCAAAGGGCCUUACUGGCUGUAGGCUUCCUAGUUGCAGGGGACUCUGGGAAAUGUAGUCUUACCCUUGGGAGUGUUGACGCCCCCAAAUGAUGUCAUCACUGGUCAAAGAGAAUGGUUCCCAGAUGGGAAGCAGGCAGCCUCAGCUAUGCUGGGUUGAAAAUUCUGCAUCUCACGCUGCACAAGAUGACCUAUUUUACCUACACCCAAGAAGGGUCUGGAGUCUGGAGCAUCACACAAACAUGCUACCCUGAGCCACAGCCCCAGAGUGGAUAUGUCAAAUAUCCGCCUCUCCCAUCAGGACUGUGUGAUCUUUCAAUACAUCUUUCGCCUCUCUGAACCUUGACCAAGGACAUAGGGUAAAGCUGACACCUCAAGUGUCCCCGUAGAUCUGCCCAGGACAUAUGUCCAAACCAAACAGGAGAGCCUUAUGAGUUUUUAGGGUGGAACUGGCCACAAAGCCCAAAGUAGCUGCCAACAUGUCUGUGUUGCGAGGGGUGGGGCCUACGCCCGGCACUGCCAGGCCCCAGCUACUUCCUUUCAAGCCGAUCCUUUGGUGGCCUGGGAAAUUCAGCAGAGCCAUCACUGGGUUACACAGGGUAUCAUCAGCUCACAUUUAAGAGUUUUAGUUUGUAAACCAAGCAUGGUGUCUCACCUCUUUAAUCCUAGCACCUGCCAAGGGACAGGUGGAUCUCUGUGAGUUCAAGGUCAGCCUGGUCUGCAGAGUGAGGCCCAGGACAGAUGGUACCACACAGAGAAACCUUGUCUGUAAAAAACAAACAGAAAAAAAAAGGAUCAUUGUGUAUUUUUGCUUGGGAAUUUUUUAAACAUUUACUUAAUGGGUGGAAGAGAUAGUUUGAGGGAGUUCAUGCUCUCCUAUUGUACCAGGUCCAGGAAUCGAACUCAGAUCCUUAGCCUUGGCAGUCAGCUUCUUUACCUACCGAACAAUCUCACCGGCCUAGUUCAGAGCACUUAGGAAGGUUUAAUAGUCCAACACCUGAUAGGGGAGAGUCUUCUGUUUUGUGUUAAUUUCAUUGGUUAAAAAAAGAGACUGCCUUGGCCCUUUAAUAGGACAGAAAAUUAGGUAGGUGGAGUAGACAGAACAGAAUGCUAGGAGAAAGAAGCCGAGUCAGGCAGUUGCCAUGCCAAAAAAUAAAGACAGGGGAGUUGUAUCCUCAGACGCCACACAAUGCCUUAAAUCAUGCAUUGUUUACGCUAAACUUUCUUUUUUUUCUGGCUUAAUGAAUUUUAUUUUUUCACACUGACAACUUUUUAUUUAUUUAUUUAUUUAUUUAUUUAUUUAUUUAUUUAUUUAUUAAAGAUUUCUGUCUCUUCCCCCCAGCCGCCUCCCCUUUCCCUCCCCCUCCCCCAAUCAAGUCCCCCUCCCUCGUCAGCCCAAAGAGCAGUCAGGGUUCCCUGCCCUGUGGGAAGUCCGAGGACCACCCACCUCCAUCCAGGUCUAGUAAGGUGAGCAUCCAAACUGCCUAGGCUCCCACAAAACCAAUAGGUGCAGUAGGAUCAAAAACCUAUUGCCACCAUUCUUGAGGUCUCAGUAGUCCUCAUUGUCCGCUAUGUUCAGCGAGUCUGGUUUUAACCCAGGCUUUUUCAAACCCAGGCCAGCUGGCCUUGGUGAGUUCCCGAUAGAACAUCCCCAUUCUCUCAGUGUGUGGGUGCCCCCCUCGCGGUCCUGAGUUCCUUGCUUGUGCUCUCUCUCCUUCUGCUCCUGAUUUGGAUACGCUAAACUUUCUAAAUACAGAUGUCCAUGAGCGAUCAGCUGCGGACAGAUUGUGACAUAACGGUACAAAAACCACAUUUGCUAAAGCCAAAUGGAAAGAUCCUAGCAAUGGGACUUGGAAGGGACCCGACCCCAUUUUAAUAUGGGGUCGAGGGCAUGUCUGUGUUUUCUCACAGGAUAAAAACCAAGCCAGAUGGCUUCCAGAACAUCUAAUUCAAUGCUUUCAGCAGAAGGACAACAGACCUGGAGACAGCGUAGCUGACAACCGUGCUGCAAAAGGAACAGAAAUAAAACGGCUCCAGAAGGAAUCCAGUAACCCAGCCCACAGAGAGAUGCCUGAUCCGGACCUGCAACUCACAGCACUGCAAAGAGACUUCGGACAAAGAGAUCCUGCUGAGACGAGCUGACUGCAGUGUCUGCUGCUGGCUGUGGUGUGAAACCUGUUGCUUCAGAACUAAGAUACAUUUGAGUGUUCUCAGUUUAUGGGACAGGACUCAUUUUGAAUAAAAUAUUAAACCUAAGAACUAAGACCUAAGCUUUCCCCUGAGGGAAAGAAAGAUGCAAAAUAAAGUAUGUCUAAAACCCCCCUUCACUUAACAAAGGGACAGACUAAGGGUUUAACAGCUACACAGAGACUGAAAAUGAGAUUUAAUAAUCAGCAAAUGGUAUUAUGCUCUUAACAGUAAUGACCUGAUAUUUACAGCUGCAUAUAAGGUGAUGGGAAAAAUUUGGUAAUGACCAAUGGUGCUAAAUACAUUGGUAAUGACCAAAAAAAAUAUAAAGUUAUGGUAAAGAAAAAUAUGAAAUUAUAAAUAAUUUGGAGAGCUGGUACUGACCGGCUAAAUAUGAAAUUAUGAAGAAUUUGGAGAGCUGGUACUGACCAGCUAAAUAUGAAAUUAUAAAUAAUUAAAGAGUUGGUACUGACCAACUAAGUGUGAAGUAAUAAAUAAUCGGAGAGCUGGUAUUGACUGGCUAAACGUAAAAUGAAUAAUCAGAGAGCUGGCUUUGACCGGCUAAAUAUAAAAUUAUGAAUAAUUGGAGAACUAGUUUUGACCAGCUAAAUAUAAAAUUAUAAAAAUUGGGAGAGCUGGUUUUGACUGGCUAAAUAUAAAAUUACGGUGUUAAAAAUUUAAAGAUCGGUAUUGAGCAAUAAUGUGGAAAAAUCAUGAUUGUGAGUUGCUACGAUUAACAGUUGGCUAAAAGAGAGGUUAUGACAAUGAAUGUUAAGAGUUGAUACACAUGCUAAAAAUGUAAACUCCAAAUGAUGUUCUGUACCAGAAGAAGAAACAUCUUCAACUCAGGUGAUUCUACUCUCCUUUAAGAUAGGAGAAUAUAGUCUUUGGGAGCAUAAUUAUACAUAAAGCUUUGUGAUGCAUCCUGACAAGAUAUGGCUGAUACACAGGGCCUAAAAAGUAUAUUUCUCUCCACUAAUCUCUUCUCUUUACAGAGGUCGGCAGUCAAUGACGGGUUUGAAGCUUCUUCUCCCCAGAUGCCUAAGACAGGGGCUUGCAUAAAGGAUGCCUGUUCCAAUGACGGGAAAAUUUGGGUAAAUAAAGAGGACUUUGCCCAAGGCAGGCGCAACGUAUCUGUCCUGUUGCAGAAGCACAGGGUUUAUUAAAAUUAAUAAGAGAGAGUGGAUUGUGGGCGCAUAUUCCGAUAUGCCACAAAAGCCAUUACCCCGGUUUGAGCUGAUUACAUAGCUCUGCAGACAAGCUGUCUGUGCCCUUAACAAAAGCCAGGAUGUCUGCUCCUAGCUUCUUUUGUUAAAGUGUGGAUUACCUGAGAAGAGGUGUUGACUGAAACUGGUCAGGAUGUUUGGUGCUUAUUUCCUUUUGCAAUUUGGAGGUUGUCUUAUAGAGAUGCUAAUUCAGGGCCUACCUGACUGCUAGAUGCAGACAUGACUUAAGCCCAGGCACCUGGUUGCCUAGGUGAUGGCGUAAUGUGUUUUCCCCGCUCAAUUUGGUGUGGGUAUAUAAAAUGUUUGGACAAUA